AUGGCUGAGAACUCCAACAGAGAAGCAGAUGCAGAGACAGGAAGGAAAAACACAGAUGAAAAAAGGAAUUGGAAACGGAAAUUCAAGCGAAACCUGCUAUUCGGCUCAUUGCGGGAGAAUGUUGAGAACAGUAUACCAACCCAAGCUAGGGAAUAUGCUUUGAAUCGGAGAUUUAAGCAUAUUUUACCGUUCGGCUCCUCAAAGGAAAAUGAUCAGAACGUUGGAGACACCACAGCAAAGCAAGGUGGUAUUGAGGGCUGCAUCCCAUUGGAUUACAAUUCAGCCUCAGAGGAAAAAGAACAAAGUCAUCCCAGAGGGCGGUUUGACACGGAGACCCAGGAUCGUGGAUCGCCGGUCUCCAUGAAGUCUCGAUGCUCAUACAGCAGAGGGGGGACGAGGAAAGGCUCAGGUGGGAAAUGCACUGCGAAAUGGAAACAGAAAUUGAAGGGACCUCUGCUAUCGGACUCAUCACGGGAAAAUGAUCAGACCUCGGGAGUCCCAAUAUCAGUGGAGGGCUAUGUUGAGGGCUGUGACCCAUUGGAAUGUGAUAUCACUGAAGAGGAGAGGGAACAGGAACACCCCAGAGGCUCUGAGGUCGGAAACUCGGUCAAGAGUCAUGGAACCAGCCUGUGUGAGGCGACCAGCUGUCACGUCAGAGGUUCAUUAAACAAGGAAUCAUUAGGUCUGGACCAAGAUGGAGAUCCAAAGACUGAAAUCCUUUGGUCUCACUUUGACAAUUACCAACUGUUUCAGUUGACAAAUUUCUAUAGAGAAAGACUGAAAUCUGCAAUUGAAGAACGGAUUGAAGAAUUUGGCUUAAUUUUGAAAGAGGAGGGACAUUUCAGUGGACAGGAGCACAAGGCAAUUGCUGACCUGGCAGAGAAGGGAGACCGGGCAGAGAGUUCCAAGCUCCUCUUCAGCCUGGUGAUGGAGAAAGGUGCCCAGACCAGGAGGGUGAUGUGGGAAUCCUUUGAGAAAAUGCAAAACCAGUUACCAAAGUUGGACAAAAUACUGAAAGGAAUCCUGGAGCACGGCCCUGUUCUAAAUGAAUAUAUGGACAUCGGCUUUCCCCAGGGUUUUCGGGAUUUAUCCUCACAACUGAAGGAUGUUCAACAGAAACACAAGGAGACUCUGCGGGCACAAACUGAAACACUGAGAGUGAACACGAUCCUGGUGAGGGAGAAGGUGAAGGUUUUCCAGCUGGUUGAUCGAUACGCUGAACUCACGGUCAUUUCUACUCUUCGAGAUCGGAGACUGGUGGAACAUGAGCUGCCGGCAAUAGGCCGGGACCAUGAUGAGUUGAGAAAGAAACAACUCCAGAGAGAGUUAGAAAUAAUCCAGUCUGAUCAGUUGUUCCAGAGCAGCUUUUCCUGGGGUAAAUCCAAAUCUGGGAGGUCAGCAGCAGUAGCCGGAAUCGCAGGGAUCGGAAAAACAACAAUGGUGCAAAAGAUUGUUUAUGACUGGGCUACGGGGAAAAUAUACCAACAAUUCCAGUUUGUCUUCAGUUUCAAAUUCCGGGAUUUAAACUCCAUUAACAAUAGAAUAACCCUGAGGCAACUGAUUCUGGAUCAGUAUCCUUACUUUGGGAAUAUCCUGAGAGAGGUCUGGGAGAACCCAGAGGGAUUACUGUUUAUAUUUGAUGGUUUGGAUGAAUUCAAUGACAGAAUUGAUUUUGCUGACAGUCAGAGAGAUACAGAACUCAAGCACCAGUGCCUAGAUCCUGAGUCGUGGUGUGAAGUGUCGGACAUGGUGUACAGUUUAAUCCAGCACAAGCUGCUCCCAGGGUGUUCAGUGCUCGUGACCACCCGUCCCAUUGCAUUACAUUUAUUGGAAAAGGCAGACAUCAGUGUCUGGGUCGAAAUCCUGGGAUUUGUUGGUGAGGAGCGGAAGGCAUAUUUCAACAGGUUUUUUGAAGAUCAGACAGUGGCAGCAGCUGUUUUCAAACACGUGGAGGAGAACGAUAUUCUCUACACCAUGAGCUUCAACCCUUCCUACUGCUGGAUCCUCAUUUUGGCACUGGGCCCCUUCUUCACAAAAAAAGACAGGGACCCACAGCAAGUUCCCAAGACCAUUACCCAACUAUAUUCCUACUAUCUUCAUAAUAUCCUGACAAACCACAGGCGUGAGAUUGAGAGCCCUCGUGAUGUGUUACUCAGGGUUGGUCAGAUGGCGUUCAAAGGAGUGUCCCAGAGGAAGGUUGUGUUCACAGAUGGAGAUUUGAUCGACUGCAAUCUCCAGCCUUCCCAGUUCCUGUCCGGGUUCCUGAUGGAGCUUUUGAAGAGAGAGGAUUCUGCCUGGAGUGUGGUGUACUCAUUCCCACACCUCACCGUCCAAGAGUUUGUCGCUGCACUUGCACAAUUUCUAAAUGAAGAUGGUCGUGGUAUCCUGAAACUCCUCACUGAAGCCCAGAGCACGACAGAUGGACGAUUUGAGAUGUUUCUCCGUUUUGUUGCUGGUCUCUCCUCUCCAAGGUCAGCUCAGGUCCUGGGGGAGUUUCUGAAUCCUUUUCCCUAUGUCACAACCUAUGGAGUGAUUGACUGGGUGAAGGUGGAGUUUAAACGCCAACUUGAAAAUUCAUGGAGUAAACGUGGUAAAAGGGGUCUCCUGAACAUAUUGCACUGUCUGUUUGAGUCUCAGAAUCCAGGACUGGCUGAGGACACACUGAAAUCUGUGGAAACGCUUUCAUUCAGUGGAUUGCAACUGGCCCUGAUUGAUUGCACAGUCCUGUCACAUGUUCUACAGUUCUGUGAUGCAAUAAAACUCCUCGACCUGACGGGCUGCCAAAUACAAAGUGAAGGACUCCAACGGCUCCGAACCAGACUGCACAAGUGCCAGGAGUUGAGAAUGGCUGAUAAUAACCUGGGAGAUUCAGUGAUGCACCUGGUGUCUGCCCUACUGAGGACCCCAGAUUGUAUAGUACAGAGAUUGGAGCUGGCAUCCAACCAUCUCACAGAUUCUGGUGCCAAGGAGAUAUCCUCUGCUCUCAAUACAAACCGUUCGCUGACUGUGCUGAAUCUGAGCAAUAAUAACCUGGGAGAUUCUGGAGUGAAGCUGGUGACUUCAGCUCUAAGGGACCCAGACUGUAAAAUACAGGCACUGGAGUUGAGGUACAUUGGUCUCACAGAUUCUGGUGCCGAGGAUCUCGUCUCCGCUGUCAGUCAAAGUCAAUCACUGGUGGAGCUGGACCUGAGAUUAAACUCCCUCACAGAUCGAUCUAUCCCCUGUCUCUGCCACCUCAUACAGACCCUCCUGAGUCUGAAACGGAUCCGGUUGUGUGGCAAUUGUUUCAGUUCAGUUGGCAGGAAACAGCUGAAGUGUCUGCAGGAACCCAAACCCAGGCUGACUGUGGAACUGUGAACAUCUGGAAGUGGGAACUACUCCCCCCUUGGAGUGGGGUCAUUUUUUGCUGAUUUCUCAUCUGUAAGACUGGAAGGCAUUGUAGGAGUGAAAUCAGUCCACUCAGCCCUUCACAUCUCUCCAACAUUCAAUCACAGCUGAUUUAUUCUCCUUCUCAGGCCCAUUAUCCUGCUUCCUCUCCUUUGCCACCCUGAUUAUUCUAGAAUCUAGCCACUUCCGCUUUAAAUAUACCCUCUGUAGCUGACUGUGGCUAUGAAAUUCCUCCUCAUGUCUGCUCAAAAGGAACAUCCCGCUACUCUGAGGCUCUGCUCUUUGAUCAUAGACUCUCUGACUUUUGGAAACAUCCUCUUCACAUACAGUCCAUCCAGACUGUUUCAAAACUAUCUUCCCCACAGCCUUCUCAUUUCCAGUGAGUACAGGCCCUGAAGCAUCAAAUGCUCCUCAUAUUUUUAAAAAAUUUCAUUCCCAGGAUCAUUUACCCACGACAAUCCAGACACCUGUUCUUCAAUAAAGGGUGCAAACUUCUCACAAUCCUCCAAAUGUGCUCUGACCAGUGUUUCCUGGAGCCUCAGCAUUGCAUUCUUGCUGGAAUUCAUGGUACAUAUUCAUGUCAACAAUAUACUGCAGGUAGGAAAAGGGAGGAAGUCCUGAAGACAGAAUUUAGAGAGCUGAAAAACAGGACCUCUAGGAUAGUAAUCUCUGGAUGCAAAAAGACUGAAUAAGAUGAGAUAAAAUAGAAGACACCACGAUGAGAUUUACGAGAAUAAUAGAGGGAAUGAAAGGGUUAAUGCAUCAGGAGUGUUUGAUGGCUCUGUGGCUGUUGUCGCUGGAGUGAAGGAGACUCAGGCCAGAUCUCAUUGAAACCAAUCAAAUAUUGAAAAGCCUAUAUAGAAUGGAUGAGGAGAGAAUGUUUCCAAUAAUGGAGGAGUCCAGAAUAAAGGGCACAGUCUCAGAAUAGAAGGGUGUCCCUUCAGAACAGAGAAUUAUUUUAGCCAGAGGUUGGUAGAUCUGUGAAUUAAUUGCCACAGAUGGAUGUGGAGGCCAAACUUCGAGGUUGAUUCUUUCCUGAUUAGUAGGAGCAUUGAGGAUUACGUAGAAAGAGCAAGAGAAUGGGGUUAAGAUCGGGUGGCCUAAUUCCAUUCGUACAGCUUAUGAUCUUACAUUUUGUGGAAUGGUGGCUACAGAGGCUUGUGUGGGAACUGUGUUAUUUACUAAUUCCAUAAGUGAUUUGGGUGCAAAUACACGAAGCUUGAUCACUACAUUUCUGGAUGAUACAAAAAUAGAAGAGAGUGAGAUUCCAGCUGGAUCUUGCUCAUUUAGGGAAGUGUGCAAAUGGAUUUCAAUGCAGAUCCAUGUGAGAUGAUGCACUUUGAAAAGUCAAACCAGGACUUGUGCUCCAAAUGAUGGGACGGCUAAUGGACUAGCGAGGUCUAGGAAUCCAUGUGUGCAUUUUAUUGAAGAGUAUCACAGAUAUGCAGGAUGCUUUGGCACGCUCGUCGUCAUUGGCUAAUGUGUUGAGGAGGCGAGUUGAAACAUAGAACAGCUGUAUGUCAUUGCUGAAGCUCUACAUGAGUGCUAUGUACUGUAUUGGUCACAAUAAGCAAGAGGUUAAAAGAGAUGAGGUUUGACAGAUUAACACUUUAUUCCUCAGUAGUAACAGUUUUGAAAUGUUUAACAUUAUGUCUGACAGAGAAAUGUUUAAAAUUACUCAAGGUCUGCAUCCUUGCGGUGAAGGACUUGCUGUUGUAAGGAUCACUGUCGUUAUACUCCAUUGCCGACUGUUUCUGGGCAGUGCACUGCGAAGUGUUUGUAUCGGUGCAGGUCUGCGGUGAGCACUCUUUGUGUCCUUGCCGCCCGUUUCUGAUGCUGUAGCAAUUUGUGUCCCAGUGGGCUCACGGUCACUCUUACGUCUGCACUGCGCAGGGAGUUGUUACAGUGCUGGGAAUAUAAAAGUCUGUUCACUGUGUGUGCGUGUCCUGCUCCAUGUCAUCACAGUACUGCACUCCCUGUUGUGAAGACUUGUCCUCACUGUACAAUGUUCCAUAUUGGAAACACCUCUGCUCUCACAGUACAACGCCGUGUUGUAAAUGUCUGUGGCCUCACAGCACAACUCUGUGCUGUGAAAACUUGUACCCUCACAGUACAAUUCUCUGUGUCAUGAAGAUGUGUAUGCUCACAGUUCAGUAUCGCAUGUGUUCUGUGUCCUCACAUAACAACUGUGCAUGGGAUGAGGACUUGCACCCUCAGUGGUCAGCAUGGGAGAGUUGGGAUAGGGCCUAUUUCCAUUCCAUAUAAUUCUGUGACUUAUCUGAGUAAUUCUGCAACCGCUGCCUCUAUAUGAUUGUAGCAUGACACCCCAGCGUGGUGAUGAGUUCUUCACCCAUUGAAAUUCAUCAUGCCAUGUGCCUCACUCAGCGUGCAGUCGACCGUUGUCGCUACUUUCAGGAAGCAAAAUAUUGUUGCCCACCCCUCCCACCGGCUGCUGUUCAGCAACACUUCCCGGGGCCUGAAAUGUAGCAUAUGUAAAGUUCAAAAUACAUCAGUUCACUGGGUUAAUGUUCCCAGAUCAGUACAUAACACACUCCACAAAUUCUUAUCAUUGCCCCUUCAGUUCAACCGACACGUAUGCACAUUAAAAUGUCCCUUAAGAUUGAAAUGCCUCCCGCUGUACCGACAAGUUCACUGUCAACAUAAUAAAGUAUUUCCCAGCGAUAAAUUUGCUGAUCUGCUGUAGAGUCACCAUUGAUACGAUGUUUAUU